AUGGCGGCUCGCGGCGUGGGGAUGUUGGCCUGUUUACCCCUAUGUGCUCAGAGAAGUCAAGUCCUGCGUCCUACUCACAGGCUUCUCAGUUGCUCAGGAACUGUGGCAGCAGACGUUAAGAGAGAAGAGCAGUCCUCGAGGAACGUGGAGACAGGCUCUGAAGACAGGACUCCCAAAAAGAAAUUCUCUGAGGUGCAGAAAGAAAGACGAGAACAGGCACAGCGAACUGUUCUAAUACAUUGCCCAAAUAAAAUCAGUGAAAAAAAGUUUCUGAAAUAUUUAUCCCAACAUGGACGUAUUAAUAGUCAUUUCUUCUAUGAGAGCUUUGGUCUUUAUGCAGUUGUAGAGUUUUCUCAAAAGGAAAGUGUCACUUCACUACAGAAUGUAACUCGAACUCCGAGUAUGGAGACAGAGGCUGCAAUUCCAUUCAAGUCGCGUUUCUUCAAUUUAAAGAUGAAGAAUCCAUCAAGCCAGACUUCAGAACAGUCCUGUAUACAAAGCAGUAAUCAUUCCCCUCCUUCAAACAAGAAGCUUUCUGAAUUACUUUGUUAUGCAGAAAGUAUGGAUGAUCAGCUGAACACUCUCCUGAAGGAGUUCCAGUUAACGGAGGAGGACAUUAAGCUCCGAUAUCUCACCUGUUCUCUUAUUGAAGACCUAGCAGCUGCAUAUUUUCAGGACUGUACAGUGAGACCCUUUGGCUCCUCAGUGAACAGUUUUGGGAAAUUAGGAUGUGAUUUGGACAUGUUUUUGGAUCUAGAUGAAAUUGGAAAACUCAACACCAACAAGACCUCAGGAAAUUUUCUGAUGGAAUUUCAAGUGAAAAAUGUUCCUUCAGAAAGAAUUGCAACUCAGAAGAUCCUGUCUGUGAUAGGAGAAUGCCUUGACCACUUUGGCCCUGGUUGUGUGGGUGUACAAAAAAUCUUAAAUGCUCGGUGUCCUCUUGUGAGGUUCUCACACCAAGCCUCUGGAUUUCAGUGUGAUUUGACUACUAAUAAUAGGAUUGCCUUGAAAAGUUCUGAACUCCUUUAUAUAUAUGGUACUCUGGACUCAAGAGUGAGAGCCUUGGUGUUCAGUAUUCGAUGCUGGGCUCGAGCACAUUCGUUAACGAGUAGUAUUCCUGGCUCUUGGAUUACAAAUUUCUCUCUUACAAUGAUGGUAAUCUUUUUUCUCCAGAGGAGAUCACCCCCUAUUCUUCCAACACUUGACUACCUAAAAACUCUAGCAGAUGCAGAAGAUAAAUGUAUAAUAGAAGGCCACAACUGUACAUUUAUUCGUGACUUGAAUAGAAUUAAACCUUCAGGAAACACAGAAACACUAGAAUCACUACUGAAAGAAUUUUUUGAAUAUUUUGGCAAUUUCGCUUUCAAUAAAAAUUCCAUAAAUAUUCGACAGGGAAGGGAACAGAACAAACCAGAGUCUUCUCCAUUGCACAUUCAGAAUCCUUUUGAAACGUCUCUCAACAUCAGCAAAAACGUAAAUCAAAGCCAACUACAAAAAUUUGUAGAUCUGGCCCGAGAAAGUGCCUGGAUUUUAAGUCAGGAAGAUAAAGACCGCCCUUCCCCAUCAAGUAAUCAGCCCUGGGGGCUGGCAACGCUGCUGCAGCCUUCAGUGCUAAGCAGUGUGUCUCUUGCCAAGAAGAAAAGGAAGAAGCCUGCAAGUGAGCGAAUUAAAAAUUUGCUGGAAUCUAUAAAAAGUAGCAGUCCAGAAAAUGACACACACACCAAUGGGAAGAGAACAGUUAGUACUCAGGCUUAGUGGCUAUUCCUUUGCUUGAAGAACUGGUUUUCCCUGAGAACAUUGCUCUUUCGACCGCCUGGAAGAACUGGUCUGAAACUCUCACAGGUACCCACUGGCAUGGGGUAUCUGUUUUCAUGAUCUUCUCACUGGGCCUCUUUCUGGUCUGAAGUUCUGGGAUGUGUUCGGUGUGAUAAGCCUCAGAUCCACUGCCACAAGGAAUAGGUGACAGAGGAUUGGAAUGUACUUUAAAUAAACUAUACAAAGCAAGUGGUAAGAAUCAGUUUUAGAGUCAAGCCAUUAUUGAUAUCUACAUGAGGCCCUGGGUGGAAAUCGUUUAAAGGAACUUCUGGGUAUGUACACACGUAGUCAGUGAAUACAAUAAACCUUCAGAAUUUGCUAGUACUCUUAGUAUGUAUUUUUUGUAUUCUUCAAGCAAAGUACUCUUAUUCACAUAUAAAUUAAAACAGGUUUUCCUGUUUUAUUUCAUAUAUAAAUUAAAACAGAUUUGCAAAAACGUUAAUGUUUUUAAAAGAUAGGAAUGCAGACACUUCAUUCACCACAUUCUAGUAUUCUAAGCCAGAUAUAUAAAAAUAUUGGUACAUUGUAUUCUAGAAUGCUAGGUACUUUUUCUGCUUUCAAAAAUAAAACCCUGCUUCUACUAUAUGAUAUUCCCAGUAUUCUUUUUCUUAUCUUUUGAAACCUCCUUUCUUCCUGUUCAAAAUAGAUACAUAUUGAAAUAUAAUUUCCAUACAUUCCCUGUGGAGUAACUUUUGUUUUAGAAGCCAAGAAAAUAGUGCUUGAAAACAGGGGACUUGAGCCAGACUGGUUUCCUAGUAAAUUACUCAGCCUCUCAGGGCCCCCGUUGUUUUCUCUGUAAAAGGGGGGCAAUAAUAGUGCCUACUUCACAGAUUUUUGUGAAGAUUACAUGGGGUACAUCGGAAAGUGCUAGGUCAGGAGUCUGGCGCGUUAUAUGUGUUACUUUUAUUUUUUAUCUUUUGUGGUAUAUAAGUUAUUCUUGCUACUCAGAAUUCAGAUUUACAGUUUAUAGUGGUUUUCAAAAUAGCUUCCCAUCUAAAUUUUAGGUCAGAAACUAAUGAGCUCUGCUUGGGAUAUUUUGGGGGACUCACUAAUAGAAUUGUUACGAAGCAGCAGAGUUCUACGCUCAUGUGGCCCUGCUGUUUUGAUUUCACAUCUGAAACCAACAUACAAGUAUCCGUAUUCUUUCAUACAUAUAUGGCGUUCUUUUAUACAAACAAGUAGCAGUGUUCUUCUAGACAGUUCUUUUAUUAUUUAUUUAUUUAUUUUUAAAAAAGAUUUUAUUUAUUUGACAGAGAGAGACACAGCGAGAGAGGGAACACAAGCAGGGGGAGUAGGAGAGGGAGAAGCAGGCUUCCCGCAGAGCAGGGCGCCUUAUGCGGGGCUCGAUACCAAUCAGGACCUGAGCCGAAGGCAGAUGCUCAAAGACUGAGCCACCCAGGUGCCCCUAAAUGAGGUGAUUUUUUGUUCCAGAUAUUUGAUUGGAGGGUUUCUUUUUUAGGUUGAUGUUAAGUCAAAAAUGAUCAUUUAGGCAUAUGAAAUAUGUGUUGGCAUUUUCUUUUUUUUUUUUUUUUUUGUAAUCUAUAGAACAACUUGGACCCUGUAGGUUUGUGUUACUUUUCAGGCUGAGGUUUAAUUAUGUGAUGGAUUUUAAUCUACAAAGAUAUUUUAAUCUAAAAUUUUUAGUUCUAGUCAAAUGAACAUAGACUACAAACAAAUGUACUCUUUUCUCGUAACUUCUUUUUCACUUCCCAAAUUUUUAAAAUGUGGUUUUUAUUACAUAUUAGAGAUAAUCUACACUUAACUUGUCAUUGCCACUUCUUACUUAAAACUGAUUUUAAGGUCGGGAAAUAGGUCGGGAAAAAGUUUUGUUCAAGGUGUUUCUUUCCUAGCUGUUUGUUAACUAAGCUUCCAUUGAGUAGCCUUUAUCUACAAUGAGUUUUGCUCAGUGUGUGAAAGAAUUUGGAUGUAAGCCUACCCAGAUCAGAUCGAUUUCACUUCUACAUCGUUCCGGAUUUUAUGGCCCACCAGUAUAAUUCCUGGAGUUACUACCAAUCCUUAGGAAAUUAGAGAAUUGGCGAGAGGCAUUCUAGGAAAAAAAUCUAUAAUCUUACUUCAUUCACAAAUCUCUAGGGAUCAUAGAGAAGAGAAAAUACAGUUGAAGUAGGACUUCCUGCUUUCAUUUACUACGUGCCUCUUCCUUUUGCUCACGGGCUGUGCUCAGGUGAGAACAGAAUUAGAAUUGUUUCAAGUUACGUCAUGUUCCUAGAAAUUUCUUGGCCUUUAAAGUACAGCUCUAUUCAGUUACUUACAGCUUGCUGGUACCACAGUAGGGAAAAGCUACAUUUGCAUGUGUCAUUUAAGCCAACCCAGGGAACAUCCGCAGCAAAGCCAGCAGGAAAAGCAACCUAGCAGUCACAGCUUGUCCACGUAGCAACUCUGCACUUGCCAGAGUUUGGCAUUCGGUUGGUGAGUAGCUGUCCUCGGGUCUCCAUUCAGUCCCUUCAGGAAAUCUUGUAGGAGUGCAACAUUCAAAACACCAUAGAAAUGAAUAAACCAUUUUUGCCUUAGAUGAUCGGAGAAAGCUUCAUUGAUGAAUAGCGUAGGUAGACCUUGAAAGGAUAGGUAGACGGAGAGAGGGGCAUAGGG